AAACCUGCAUCGCCAAGGACAAGAGUCAUGGACGACGACCUCCGCGCACGACUGGGCCACGACCCCAACUCGAACCUGGAGGAGGACCUGGAGAACGACGACGAACGGGUGGAGGAACUGCUAUACGUCGCCUACCGAGUCGCCUUGCCCUUGAUGGUCGUGGGCGGGAUCCUGGUGACGACCUUGACCCUGGUGGUCCUUACGAGGCCGAGACUCAGAGCCACGCAUGUCAACACGUACUUCCUGCUGCUGGCGUCGGCGGACCUCGUGAUCUUCGUCGUGAGCGUCGCCACCGCCGUCACGCUCAACGGCUGCGAGCUCUACUCCCACGACUUCGCCCUCUACUUCGCCCACUUCUUCUUCACGCUCUUCUACAUCGUGCAGACGUUUAGCAUGUACAUCAUUCUGUGGAUCUCCUACGACCGCUUCCUCGCCGUGUGGGACUUCAAGCGCUUCCACGAGAUCCAGAAGCCCGGCGUCCUGCGCGUGCGCCUCGUGGGCACGCUGCUGGUGUGCGUCCUAAUCCAUAUGAAGCACCUGUUCGAGGUCGAGAUCAACUGCGUGACCGAGGAGAACCAGGUCGUGGAGGCGCCGGGGCCCUGCAGCGACGGCGUGUGGGUCGUCAACGACAGCCUGCACUUCCUGGACGGCAAGGUCCUGUGGCGCCAGCUGGUCUGGGUGCUGCGCGGGCUGCUGGUGCUCGUCAUCCCCAUCGUGCUGGUGGUGGUCCUCAACGGCGGCAUCGUGGUGGCGCUCGUCUGCCGCCGCGUCAGGAACACGGCGGCGACGGCCAGGACGCGCGGUCGCGACCUCUCCCGCAUCUACACCAUCCUCGCCAUCGCCGCCACCUUCAUCGCCUGCACCGUGCCGUCACUCGUGCACGCCACCUUCUACGCCAAGAACAUCGUUCGCUGCCACGGGCCCUACGGGGAGGAGGUCCUCCGCGCCGUCGCCAACUUCCUGCUGCUGUUCGAGCACGUCACGCACUUCAUUAUCCUGUCCUUCUGCGAGCUCUUCUGGGCGGAGCUGAGGCGCGUCCUCCGGGCCAUCCGCCACAGUCUGAAGAACGGCGCGCACAAGGUCGCGUCCGGCCCCUCUCGCUGGCUCGCUCCCCGGGCGACCGCGGGCCCCCCCUCGCCGCCUCCUUCCAUGCCUCCGCGGCCGGACUCGGUCGUCUCCGGCUCGGUCUUCAUCAUAUCGCAGCCGGAAGUCACAAUCAGCGUCCAGGGCCCCGCGGAGGACGGCGAGGCUCCUGCUGGCGGCGACGUGGCCAAGCUGCAGGACUUUCCGCAGACGACCUCCUCGCUCGCCACGCUGAAGCCGCCUGCAGGGAAGUCCCCCACGGCCUCCAUGGUCACUCUGGAGGAAGAUCUCUGAGGCGUGCUUUACCUCCUAACAAGGAAUAUUGCUUCAAUAUUGCCAUUCAAUAUUUGAGUGUAAAUCUUUCAGAACAUCGAAAAUCGUGAUAUUCCGGUACAUUAUACAUUUACUUCUGAGAAGUAUUUAUAAUCUGAAAGUGCUAAAUUGUUUUAGCAUUAGUUAUUUCUGUACACUCCUACACAUGUGCCAUUUCAUCAUAGACCUUGUCGACGGCAGUACACUGGCGGAUCUACACACUUUACACUGGAAUGGGAAAGGGGGACAAGAGGUAAUAUAAUGGAGGCCUAGAGGGAAAUUACAUAAAGCUUAAGUUAUAUGUAUCAGAAAGAGAACACACACACACACACACACACACACACACACACACACACACACACACACACAUACACACAAACACUUACACUUAUAUACAUAUAUGUGUGUGUGUGUGUGUGUGUGUGUGUGUGUGUGUGUGUGUGUGUGUGUGUGUGUGUGUGUGUGUGUGUGUGUGUGUGUGUGUGUGUGUGUGUGUGUGUAGUUAUGUAUAUAUAUAAAGUAAACCAUAAUUCUAUUACUUUAUUAUAUGACCAAUCUUAGAGGCUCGUGUUAGGACCUAAAAAGAUUAGAAAAUUCCAGCAGAUCCACCACUGAGUCUGCACAAGACCACGAGUUGUCAAAUCAAUUAUUUAUUAUUCACUCGGGAAGUGUAUAUAUGUAAAUAAAUCUUGAGAACUAUAA